AUGGCAUUCCAAUUGCAUAAUCUCUUCAAAGUAACCUUCACCCUUCUAAUCAUCUCAACAUUAAUUCAAUCUACAACAUCUACAUCAAACACCACCACAAAUUCCACAUCAACAACUUACAAAAAGUUCUUAAAGAACCAAUGCAACUCAACCACAUACCCUAAUAUUUGCUACAAGUCACUUUCCCCAUACACAUCAAAAAUCAAAACAAACACUUUAACACUCACCAAAAUCUCUAUCUACCUAGCUCUUAAAUCGUCAAGAAGUGCAUCAAUGACAUUGAAAAAACUAAGCUCCAAGAAACUAACACACGCCGAAACAUUGGUUAUCGCGGAUUGCAGCGAAAACGUCGAUGACACGGUGGAUUCGCUGGAGCAAUCGGCGGACGGGCUUGUGCAUUUGAAUGGAACUAGAACUAAUGAUGAGAAGUUUCAAUGGGAUACCAUAAAGACAUGGAUGAGUUCGGUUAUAACAAAUGCGGGAACAUGUACGGAUGAGUUUGAUGAAAUGGAAGUGAGAUCUUCGGUACAAAAGAUGAUUAAAACAAGAGUUGGUAAUCUUGCUUCAUUGACUAGUAAUGCUCUUGCUUUUGUAAAUAGACUUUCCUAUUAA